UUGACUCCUCCAUCAUCUCUCCAUCUCUCCAUCUCUCCAUCUCCAUCCCCCCCUCCAGAAAGGGUCAGACAAGCUGAGUGCCCUCAAUUGCACUCUGCCUCACCAUGGACUGCCUGGCCCCCUUCAUCCCGCCGGCCUUGCAGCCUCUCGCGGCCCACCUCCGCACCCAGUGUCCGAUGCUCGGGGUCGCCUUGCUCUCGCUCGCCGCCGCAUACCUGGGCUAUCUCUACCUGCUGGGUCGCACCGAAGCCGCCGUCACAUUCAACGUGCCCAUCCCCCCCGAGAUCCGCGCCAAUUGGACUGGCCAGAAGUGGGACGAACUGCAAGGCGAGGGGAGGAAAGUCCUCGAGGGACAAAUCCAAGGACAAUGGAACGACGAACUGAUCAUGAGCUACUGUCCCGCGGACGGAAGAGUCCUCGGCAAAGGAAUCAAACCCGCGACUCCUGACGACGUCGACCGCGCCAUCGAAGCCGCGAAGAACGCGCAAUCCGAAUGGGCCCAUACCAGUUUCGCGGAGAGGAGGAAGGUCCUACGCACAUUGCUGAAAUACGUCCUCGACCACCAAGACGACCUCGUAACAGCCUGCUGCCUCGACUCCGGAAAGACCAAAGUCGACGCAGCAUUCGGCGAGAUCCUCGUGACAGCCGAGAAGCUGAAAUGGACGCUCGACCACGGCGAGAGAGCGCUAUCCCCCGAAUCACGUCCGACCAACUUCCUCAUGAUGUACAAGAAGAACAUGGUGACCUACGAGCCCCUGGGCGUCGUCUCCGCCUGCGUCUCCUGGAACUACCCGUUCCACAACUUCAUCUCGCCGGUGAUCAGCGCGCUGUUUGCCGGAAACGCCAUCGUGGUGAAACCCUCCGAGCAAACCGCCUGGUCGUCCGCCUUCUUCCUGGAGGUCAUCCGCGGCGCGCUCUCCAGCUGCGGGCACUCGCGCGACCUCGUGCAAUCCAUCAUCUGCCUCCCCGCCGUCGCCUCCCACCUCACCUCCCACGCGGGGCUCUCGCAAAUCACCUUCAUCGGCUCCAAGCCCGUCGCGCACAAAGUGUGCGAAUCCGCCGCGAAGGCCCUCACCCCCGUCACCGUCGAACUGGGCGGCAAAGACCCCGCCGUGAUCCUCGACGACGCGCGCACCAUCCGCGACCUCCCCGCCAUCGCCUCCAUCCUCAUGCGCGGCGUCUUCCAAUCCGCCGGCCAGAACUGCAUCGGCGUCGAACGCAUCAUCGCCCUCCCGGGCUCCUACGACCCCCUCCUCGCCCUCGUCUCCGCCCGCAUAAAAUCCCUCUCCCUCGGCUCCAUCCUCCUCGAUCACCCCUCCACGCCCGACAUCGGCGCCAUGAUCUCCCCGGCCUCCUUCUCCCGUCUCGAGUCCCUCAUCGCCGACGCCGUCUCCCACGGCGCUCGCCUCAUCCACGGCGGCACUCGGCACCAACACCCCACCCACCCGCUCGGCCACUACUUCACCCCCACCCUCCUCGCCGACGUAACACCCACCAUGGCCAUCGCGCAAACGGAACUAUUCGCCCCGGUCUUCCUCCUCAUGCGCGCCGUCUCCGUCCCAGACGCCAUCUCCAUCGCCAACUCAACCGACUACGGCCUCGGCGCCAGCGUCUUCGGACACAACGCGUCCGACGUGGCCGCGUGUCUCGCAAACAUCCAGGCGGGGAUGGUCUCCGUCAACGAUUUCGGGAGCUAUUACGCCGUGCAGUUGCCGUUUGGCGGCGUGAAGGGUUCCGGGUAUGGCCGGUUCGCGGGCGAGGAGGGCCUGCGGGGCGUGAGUAAUACGAAGGCGGUCUGUGUGGAUCGGUUCCCCAGGUUGAUGGGGACGAGGAUUCCGCCCAGAGUGGAUUAUCCGAUCUGUAAGGGGGUGGGGAUGGGAGCCAAGGAGGAUGGGACCGGCGCGUGGGAGAUGUGUAAGGGGGUUGUCGAGACGGGGUAUCAGAUUGGGCUUGUGGGGAGGGUUAAGGGGAUUGUGAGGUUGUUGGGGAAUAUGUAACUGAGACUGUGGAUUGGUGGUGAGGUGUGGGUGUGAGUGUGAGUGUGAGUGUGAGUGUAUGUAUAGAUAUGGAUAUGGAUACGGAUGAGUUGUUGAGUGGAGUGGGUUGUAAGAUAUGUUAAGAUAAAUAGUAGUAGUAACUAGUAGUACUAUAUUAAUGAGAUUAUGCAUAUAUG